CUUUGAACGGACAACGCGGUAUUUCAACGCGCGCUUGACGCUUGAGCUGACUAUAACUGUCGAAGCUCUCUUCCUGUAACUGUAUUCCAUAAGAACUCGGUAUGGUUUGCUUUAGUUUGCGCGUUAUUUCGUUUCAACUGUGACUGCAGAACGCGCGGUAUAUUUUAUACAUAUUUUCGAUACUCAAGUCGGUCGCUACAGAAAUGCACACGCGUCUCUUAUACUGCCAGCUCGGUCUACUGCUGACUGUGCUGCUCCUCCGUGGCGGCAACGCGUUCCAACCCUAUAGGGAGAGUGUUCAUGGACGAAUCUUAUGCAUCUUUGCGACACACAAUUCGGAAGCGUUUCGCUAUCACAUGCGUUUGGCGCUUUUACUCGCGCGGUCUCAUGAUGUCACGGUCGCUGGAGUCUUGCCGCUGCCGAAAGCCUAUGAAAAUAACAAUUUCAAAUACGUGCACAUUGUAACCGGAUAUGAACAUAUACAUUAUGGAUCGUCCAAUCGGUUUAUAAAAUUGUACAAUCAGUGGCAGCAGUACGCCGAACUGAGCCCAUAUUUCGAACAUUUUCUGGACGGCCAUCCGCCAGGCCAAUACGAUUUAGUAAUACUAUCGUACUACUACAACACUAGACAUUUGCUGUUGGCCGGCUGCUACAAGGUGCCCAUCAUAUUGACCACCGAAACGCGUCCCUCGUUCGUAACCAACUGGGAGGUGGGCAAUCCGCGCGAGGAGGGCUACAUGCCAUCAGAAUUUGCUGAGAGCCGACUGCUACCGCAAUCGUAUCUGCGACGUUUAAUACACCUUAUUAUCGAUAAGUUCAUUGAGUGGUUAUUCGGCGGUGGCAUAGCAGUUUUCCACCGUUUACACAAGAAUACGACCUUGCACUUCAACUGCCAGAAUAUCAGAAUGUGGGAUGUGCGUCGUAAUAUCACGCUGAUCUUCACCAAUCACCAUUUCUCACAGGGUCCCGUGCGGCCGAAUGUGCCGGCAAUGGUGGAGAUUGGUGGCAUACAGAUACCGGAAUAUCGGGUCCCCUUGCAGCCGCACAUAGCCGAUCAUAUAAACAAAGCUCAAAAUGGUGUCAUCUAUAUUAAUCUCGGCAAGAGUGUCAACUGCACUGAACUGCCCAAAGCGCUGCUCGAUUCACUGCACGAUGUGCUCGUCGAAACACAAAUGCAUGUGCUGUGGCGUUGGACUCAUUGCACGAAACCGCGCCAGUCCUCGCGAAUACUUUACACCAAGUGGAUGCCACAGAACGAUAUAUUGGCACUGAAGAGUGUGAAACUCUUCAUAACACACGGCAGCAUGUCCAGCCUCGGUGAGGGUCAAUAUUAUGCUGUUCCCAUGCUUGGCAUCACCUACUUAAGCGAACACGUAGGUAACGUCGAGUAUUUAGUACAAUUCCGGUUUGCUCAACGUAUUGACGCCUACAGAACCAAUGUAAAUGAAAUUCGUCGCAAGAUCUUCGAUAUACUCAAUGAUCCGUCGUAUAAGGAGCGCAUGGUCCUCUACUCGCGCAUUUAUCGCGAUCGUCAGUUGACGCCGCGUGAAACUGUACUCUAUUGGGUGAACUAUGUGCUGCGCUAUCAGGGCACGCCACAUAUGCGUUCGCCGGCCGCCGAAAUGACGCAACUACAAAUGCUCGGUCUGGAUUUGGUUAUUUUUACUGUGUCCAGCUUAAUACUGAUCUGGAAGUUCCGCGGUUUCAUAUGGCGUUGCAUAACCGGUCGUAUGAUGGCUAAUAUUCGUAAACUUUUAUAUAAAUACGUGUUCGUAAAAGAUUACGAAAUUGUGAUCGAGCGUUACUCGAACAUACGGUACGAUGAGGCGGUGGUAGAUGCGGCGCGUGAGUGUCAGAUACGUCCUCAGGCCACCAGAGAUCCGGAUGUACCGCGUGUGGUGCCGGUGAAGGCGCCACGUCAGCGGAAAGGUAGCGGACGACGCAGACGUUAAAUGUAGUAGGUCGUGAAGAAUGGACUUUGACGCACUAAAAGAGGUCUAGACGUAUGCGUAGAAUGGUUAGUGGUGCAAAAAUGACGGACGAAAAAACGAAAAUUUUAUUGUUCUAUAUAAAAAAACAGUCAAGUGAUAAAAGUUUAUGCGUAGACGCAAAAAUCGGAAAAAAAGUUAUCUCAUGAUAAAAAUUUUGAAACGAAAUGGUAUAAGGAUGCUACAAACAAGAAAAUCAGCAAAAUAAUCGAAGAAAAAAUAUUUAAAUUUAAUAUUUAUUUUUUGCAGAGUGAAAAUAAACGUUAUUUGUGUUGUUUUAUGUAAAAAAAAAUCGUGCAAUAGAAUUCUGUUCAAUUGUUUUUUUUUAUUGUAUGAAAUGUUUUUUAAAUUUUUUUGUUUGUUAAUUGUUAAAAAAGAUUGUAAAAAUAUAUAUUUUUUAACAAUUUUUUAUAUUAUGUAAUUUUAGAUUUUAUGAAAUUGUAAAUUGAUUUUUGCUUCCAAUAAAGACUACGAACGAACUAUGGACAGACGAACAUA